AUGGGUGAUCUACCGAGUCAGCGAGUAACUCCAUCACGACCUUUUCUCAACAGCGGCGUAGAUUUCGCGGGACCAUUCAACAUCCUCAUGUCCAAGGGCAAGGGCAUUCGCACAAGCAAGGCUUACAUUGCUAUAUUUAUUUGUUUAUCUACAAAGGCUAUACACCUAGAAUUGGUGAGCGACUUAACUUCAGAAGCUUUUAUUGCAGCAUUCAAACGUUUUGUGUCGCGCAGAGGGCAUUGUGCUCAGAUGUGGAGCGAUCAGGGUAGAACUUUUAUUGCUGCAAAUAGAGAACUAAAGGAGUCCCUAGAUGAAGCUAAUUUAGAAUCAUUACAUAAACAAACUGCAAACACCUUGGCUAUGGAUGGUACUCAGUGGCAUUUCAUUCCUCCCUACAGUCCUACAUUCGGUGGACUCUGGGAAGCUGGAGUCAAAUCAAUGAAAGGUCAUUUGAAGAGGGUUUUGACAACAAAUUUAACAUUCGAAGAAAUGAGCACACUUUUGUGUCAAGUAGAAGCUUGUCUCAAUUCUCGGCCGUUGACACCAAUAGAUGACAGUGAUGUAGAUAAUGUGGACCCGCUGACACCAGGACAUUUUUUAACAAUAUGCCUCCGGGGAAGUGGAUGCUGGGGCGCAUACUCAACAAACAUCCUGGACCUGACGGGAUAA